AUGGCAAUGGCAGUCGACAAUCGUCAACAACCCCAACUAAACGGCAUGGGCUACGACCACAUGCGCUACCCGCAACAACCACAUUUCACCAACCCAUGGGUCUCUGCCGGUCCCCCACAACCGCAAAUGUACUCAACCACAGUUGCUCCUCCCGCAGAGCCACAGCGGCCCACUAGCAUCGCCAUCCCCUACCAUGGUCUGCAAGUCACUGCUCCUCCCAUGGGACAAGGUAUUACUCUCCCGGAUGCCAACUUCGCAACACAAAACUUACUUGAUGCCGAAGAUAUGAUGUCGCGAGGCUACCCUAAUGGUUACGUUACCUCUGCUUCACCAUCAAACCAAACAUAUGCUCCCACGUCGGCUCCCUACUCCCAAGUGGAAUAUGCCAACACUGAGCGAAGCCCGUAUGCAUACCAACAGGAUGCGGCCCGCCGAUCUUCACACCCGUCAGUCCCCUCAAUAGCUUUCUACGAAUCCGUGGAGUCUCAGCGCCAGCGCCAAAGUUCACUUGUUGACUUUAGCAGAAUGAAUUCACAGCAACCGCGCACCAGCUUCAGCGAUGCGCUCGAUGCCAGCCGCGGCAUGGUUUCCUUGAGCCAGUCAGACAUUACCCCCAGGAAUAUCUACGGUUCCCAAGGAACCAGCCGCAGUUCCACUGAGUAUGGAUUCCCUCGACUCACUCAACACACUCGUCCAUCUCGUCCGGCAGCUACGGUCCCCAACGGAUACUACGCUGGCGAGGGAUCCGUCACCGACUACAGCUCCGCUUCCGAAUCCGUCGACAUGAGCAACUCGCGCACCUUGCCUCGUCCCAGCACCCUGUUGGGCCCCAACAUGCCCCCUGCGCCGCAAUCGAUGAUGAGCCAGUUCAGCUCAAAGGUCUCAUCCAGCUCGCAAAAGAAGCACAAGUGCAAGAUUUGCGACAAGCGCUUCACACGACCCAGCUCCCUGCAAACACACAUGUACAGCCACACAGGCGAGAAGCCAUUCGCCUGUGAGGUUGACGGAUGCGGUCGCCAUUUCUCUGUUGUCUCCAACCUAAGAAGGCACCGAAAAGUACACAAGAACGACGGUAGCAUCGACCACCCAUCUCCUGACAGCGUCGACCACUAA